AUGACGGCUCAGGAGGCCGGAGGAGCCACCGCCAGCCAGGCCGAGCUGAACAAGAAGCACGACGCCGAGUUUCACAGACUGCGUCUUGACCUGGAAGAGUCCACCCUGCAGCAUGAGUCCAUCGCUGCAACUUUGCGCAAGAAGCAGGCGGACAGCGGGGCCGAGCUCAGCGACCAGAUAGACAACCUGCAGAGAGUCAAGCAGAAACUGGAGAAGGAGAAAAGUGAGCUGAAGAUGGAGAUCGAUGACAUGGCGUGCAACGUGGAGACUGUUCUGAAAAACAAGGCUAACCUGGAGAAACUGUGCAGGAGCUUUGAAGACCAAAUGAACGAACACAAGACCAGAGCAGAUGAAGCCCAGAGAUCUCUGAGCGACUUCACCACACUCAGUGCACGUCUACAAACGGAAAACGGUGAUUUGACACGUCUGCUGGAAGAGAAAGAGACGACUCUGACGCAGCUGAGCAGAGUGAAAACUGUGGGCAGUCAACAAAUCGAAGAGUUAAAGAGACUUUUGGACGAAGAAAUUAAGGCAAAAAAUGCCUUGGCUCACGGUCUGCAUUCCUGCCGUCACGACUGCGAGCUGAUGAGAGAGCAGUACGAGGAAGAACAGGAGGCGAAAGCUGAGCUGCAGCGCUACCUGUCCAAGGCCAACAGCGACGUGGCCCAGUGGAGAACCAAAUACGAGACAGACGCCAUCCAACGCACGGAAGAGCUGGAGGAGGCCAAGAAGAAGUUGGCCCAGCGGCUGCAGGAGUCUGAGGAGAUGACAGAGGUAGCAAAUGUCAAAUGCACAUCACUGGACAAAACGAAGCAGCGUCUCCAGGCCGAGGUCGAGGAUCUCAUGGUCGAGAUCGAAAGGUCGAAUGCAGCCAACGUCGCUUUGGACAAGAAACAGAGGAGCUUUGACAAGGUUCUGGCUGAAUGGAAACAGAAAUACGAGGAGAAUCAGUCAGAUCUGGAAGUUUCCCAGAGAGAGUCAAGACUUCUGAGCACAGAACUCUUCAAGCUGAAAAACUCAUAUGACGAAGCCCUGGAUCACCUGGAAACCAUUAAAAGAGAGAAUAAAAACCUUCAACAGGAGAUAUCAGAUAUCACAGAGCAAGUUGGACAAUCUGCAAAAGCUAUCCAUGAGCUGGAGAAAGUUGCAAAACAAGCUGAACAGGAGAAGAGAGACACCCAAGCAGCUCUGGAGGAAGUUGAGUCUUCCCUGGAGCACGAAGAGGCAAAAAUCCUUCAUCUCCAACUGGAGCUGAACCAGAUCAAGUCAGAAGUGACCAGAAAGGUGGCGGAGAAGGAGGAAGAAAUUGACCAGCUCAAGAGGAAUCACCAGAGGACCAUGGACACUCUGCAGAGCACGCUGGACGCCGAGACGCGCAGCAGGAACGAUGCCAUCCGCGUGAAGAAGAAAAUAGAGGCCGAUCUGAAUGAGAUGGAGAUCCAACUGGCUCACGCCAACCGACAGGCAGCCGAGGCCACCAAACAACUGAGGAACCUGCAGACUCAGCUGAAGGACACCCAGGUCCACCUGGACGAAGCCCUCCACUGUCAGGAGGACCUAAAGGAGCAACUUGCGAUUGGAGAGCGACGCAACAAUCUGGUGAUGGCAGAGAACGAGGAGAUCCGGGCGGCGCUGGAGCAAUCUGAGAGAUGUCGCAAGCUGGCGGAGCAGGAACUGAUCGACACCAGUGAGAGGAUUCAGCUGCUGAACUCACAGAACACCAGCCUCCUCAAUGCUAAAAAGAAGAUGGAGAGUGAUUUAGCUCAGCUGCAGUCAGAGAUGGAGGACACUGUCCAGGAGGCGAGGAAUGCUGACGAGAAGGCCAACAAAGCCAUCACGGACGCUGCUAUGAUGGCGGAGGAGCUGAAGAAAGAGCAGGACACCGGUGCUCAUCUGGAGAGGAUGAAGAGGAACCUGGAGGUGACAGUGAAAGACCUGCAGCAGCGGCUGGAUGAAGCCGAGCAGUUGGCUCUGAAGGGAGGGAAGAAGGAGCUCCAGAAACUUGAAAACAGGAUCCGUGGGCUGGAAAAUGAGCUAGAGGCUGAACAAAAACGCAGCAGCGAGGCCACGAAAGGUUUGCGCAAAUAUGAGAGGAAAAUCAAAGAGCUCACUUAUCAGGGUGAAGAGGAAAAGAAAAACGUGACAAGACUCCAGGAUUUGGUCAACAAUCUGCAGCUGAAAGUGAAAGUUUAUAAGAGGCAGUGUGAGGAGGGGGAACAAACCAGCGUCCACUUGGCCAAAUUUCGGAAGGUGCAACACGACCUGGAGGAGGCCGAGGAGCGAGCUGACACUGCCGAAUCUCAGCUGAACAAGCUGCGUGUCAAGAGCCGUGACUUGGCUGGUCAGAACAAAGAGGAGGAAGAAGAGAACUCAAGGAGCUGA